AUGGGCUGGGCUGUACCUGGGCUGGGCUCUGCCCCAGAAUUCCAAGGCUUUGUGCUGUGUCCCGGCCUGCAGGGGUGUGACAAACAGUUCUUCAACGCCUCGCUGCAGUUCGAAAACAUGGACCAUCUGCUGGACUUCAUCAACAGUAAUACAUCCAAGCUGGGCAUCACUGUGGAGUACGCCACGCUGGCCGAGUACUUCGGUGCCUUGCACGAUACCAAUGUCACCUGGCACGUCCGUGAUCACCCAGACUUCCUGCCCUAUUCCUCAGGUCCAUUUCAGGCCUGGACCGGUUUCUACACGUCCCGCAGCAGGCUCAAGAGGCUGGCAAGGCGAGCCAGCGCUCUGUUGUACGCCGGGGAGUCCAUGUUCACACGCUCCGUGUGGCCGGCCCCCCACCAGCACCUGGACCUGGACUGGGCCCUGAAACAGCUCAAGCAGCUCCGCUGGGCGGUCUCCGAGGCUCAGCACCACCACGCCAUCACUGGGACUGAGACCCCCAAGGUGAGAGACACGUACGUGAAGAAUCUGCGGUCAGGGAUGCAGGGUGUGCGCAAACUGAUGGCCUCCAUCGUCCAGGAUAGGACCCCUGCCUUCACAGACCCAGGAGCUGGGGGACACGUUGCCGUGGUCUACAACCCCCUGGCCUGGACGGUCACCACCCUUGUCCCCCUGACUGUGGGCUUCUCCAGGGUCAACGUCACAGACGAGUCCGGCCGGCCAGUGACUGCACAGGUCCAGGAAUCAAAGGAGAAGCAACCUGCUUACAACUUGCAUGUGCUGACCACAAUCCCAGGCCUCAGUUACCGACACUACAGCAUCACGCGCACCCGGGGGACCCAAGUAGACACCAAGCCAUUGGGUGCCAGUCUGGCUAGAACCUCCAACUUUGGCCGCAAGACAGAGACACAUGCUGGUGCAGGGGGCAGGCACCUAAUUCGUGUGGAGAAUGACUGUUACACUGUGUUCUUGGACCGGGACACUAACCUGAUGCACAGCAUCUUGGAGAGAGAGAGUAACCGCACAGUGCGGGUGACCCAGGAGUUCAUGGAGUACCGUGUCAACGGUAAUUUGAGAUACGGCCCUAUAUCUGAUAACUUUGUGUUUAUCCCAACCGACACCGCGAGGCGCCCAUGGAAAAGUGUGGGGAUGCAGAUUGUGUCAGGAAAGCUCAUGACGGAGAUCCGGCAGUUCUUCUACAGGAAGGUGAGGGACAGGAAUCACACAUACGCCAUCUACUCGCGGCUCGCCCACGUGCCAGUCGGCCAUGGUGGGGAGCUGCUCUGCCGUCGCAUCGAGCAGGAGUACCGGGUGGGCCCCUUGGAGCUGAACUGCGAGGCCAUCCUGAGGACCAGCACCAGUCUCCACAACCGACAGGUCCUCUACUCGGACAGCAACGGCUACCAGAUGCAGCGGAGACUCUUCCGGGAACACACGAGCAACAGCAUCGCUCGGAAUUACUACCCCAUGGUUCAGUCCGCCUUCAUCGAGGACGGCCGAAGCAGGCUGGUGCUGCUGUCUGAGCAGGCACAUGGCGUCUCCAGCCAAGGGAACGGGCAGGUGGAGGUCAUGCUCCAUCGCCGGCUGUGGAACAACUUUGACUGGGCUCUGGAAUACGACCUCACACUGAACGACACCUCCGUUGUCCACCCUGUGCUCUGGUUCCUGUUGGGACCCCGGCCGCUCACCUCGGGCCUGCGCCAGAGGAGUGGGCUGUUGCUGCAGCACAGACCCCUAGUGCUGUUAAGAGAGCUGAAUGAGACCGCCCAGAAUCUCCCAGGCCCCCAGCAGCAAGAAGCCGUGACCCUGCCCCCAAGUCUUCACCUGCAGAUCCUGAGCAUCCCAGGCUGGAACUACAGCUCCAACCACACAGAGCACCUGCAGAGCCUCCAGAAAGGAACCCGCACCCCAGCCCCAGCCUUCCCCAGGAGGGGCGCCGAGUGCAGUGUCAAGGCUCUGGGUGACCAGCCGUACCUGCGCCCCUGA